UUUGUUUUUAACAAAACGUAUGUUUUGGUAAAUGUUAUCUGCGAACACAAGCUUCUUAACAUGCCACCCAAUAAACUUAAGCUACAUAAAACUACAGGAAAAAAUACAUCAAUAUUACAAAAAACUAUAGAAAAUACACCGGGAUAUCAAGCCAGCUCAUCAAAUGUAGAGAUAUCAAAUGAAGAAAAAUUCGAGAUAGAAUUAUACUGGUGUGUGCAACAAUUGCAAAAAGCUCUAAGUUCUGGAAAAUUGAAUAAUAAACAAGUUCAAGAUCAUACCAAAUCUUUAAAUAUUUUAAUGAGUAACACAGCACCUGUAAUUAAGAAGAGGCAGGUAAUGAGGAUGGCAUUUGGAGAUUAUAGAGAAAAAAUGGCAACAGAGGAAAAAAAAUUGUCAAAAAGUGCAACUAAUAUGAAACUAAAACCUGCUACAGCUAAUAAAAAAACAGUAUUUUUAAAGAAAAGUGUAUUUACAUCAAACUUGGACAAUAGUUUUAAAUUCAAUUUUAAUAUAGAUGACAGUAACAGUGAAGAAAUAGAAAAAGUUAAUGCCAAUGGUGAAGAGCAAAAACAUAUUUCAAAUGAUAAUACUAAAAACUUUCAUUUUGUACCUUCAAAUAAUAGUUUUAGGUUCGGUUUCAAUGUUGAAGAUGAAUUAUAAUUUUGAAACACAAA